GAAAGAUAGACCACUUAAUAAAGAACGCGGACCUUGCAGACGGACACUGGCAGCAUUCUGACACCUUCACAUUCCUCCUCCCACGUGCCGUUUGACGCUCUCCACAACCUCUGUCACACUCACCCCGCAAUAUCAUUGGACUUCCUACGGUGUCACUGGCCUUUUAGCUGUCGAUCGUGCCACUGAACCUUGUCCUUGAAGGCGGGCCCGUGCCACACAGCGACACUAGCACAGGCCCAAGGAAAUUGAGGCGUGGGCGGAUUUGAAAAGGACGGUCGAGUUGUGCGCACAAGCAUGGACGCUCUUCAUACUCUCGUCGCCAGAGACGAUGGCUGCUCAACAGGCAACGACUACGACGGCCGGAUCGGCCUGCGUAUCUCCUCCAUCUUCGUUAUCUUUGUUGGCUCGUCGUUUGGCGCUAUCUUCCCGGUCUUUGCGCGGAGAUUCGGUAACACGAGAUUCUCGAAAUGGGCCUUUUUCGUUGCCAAGUACUUUGGUUCGGGUGUCAUUAUUGCCACGGCUUUCAUCCAUCUGUUAGCCCCAGCCGAAGAGGCACUGACGAACGAUUGCCUAACGGGGCCGAUUACCGAGUAUUCCUGGACGGAAGCAAUUGUGUUGAUGACCAUUGUGGUAUUAUUCUUCGUGGAGCUUAUGGUCAUGCGCUACGCCCGCUUCGGCCACGGCCACGCUCACGACUCGGACAGUGAAGACGACGACAGCCACCACGUGCAUCACCACGCCGGUGCCGAGCAGCCAGUUCCUGUGUCGGAGGACUUCAAAGGCCACAUGCCGGGCGAAGACCACCUCGGCCACUCGCGCGAACACCACGACGUCGAAGUGGGCAAGAACCAUUCGCACCUCGAGGAGUACAUGGCUCAACUGACAUCCAUCUUCAUCCUGGAGUUCGGUAUUAUCUUCCACUCGGUGUUCAUCGGGCUGACACUCGCGGUCACCGGCAGCGAGUUCGUGACUCUGUACGUCGUGAUCGUCUUCCACCAGACAUUUGAGGGCCUCGGUCUGGGGUCGCGGCUGGCGACGGUGCCGUGGCCUCGCUCCAAGCGCUGGACGCCGUAUUUCCUGGGUCUGGGGUAUGGCGUGUCCACCCCGAUCGCCAUCGCCAUCGGCCUAGGGGUGCGCAACAGCUACUCGGACUCAGGCGCCACGACGCUGAUCGUCAGCGGAGUGUUUGACGCGAUCUCCGCGGGGAUUCUGAUAUAUACGGCUCUAGUGGAGCUGCUGGCGCACGAGUUCAUGUUCAGCACCUCGAUGCGCAAAGCACCGAUCCACGUGGUGCUGUCGGCGUUUGGACUGUUGUGUCUGGGAGCGCUGCUGAUGGCGCUGCUUGGAAAGUGGGCAUAACGCCUGAUUUGUUCUGUAUAUAGAGAUACCUUAAAAGUUGUUUUAUAUGGUGCAUACAUAGAAAUAAAGCUGGAC